AUGGGUGACAUAUUCCGUUUUGGGAUCAAAUUGGAGGAUGCUGCAAGGCUUGAACUGGAUAUUGGAGAGGUCAAGGGAGACGAAGAAGUUGGCAUCCAAAGAGCUUUCCACCCCAUUCCAAAUGAAAAGGAAGAUGAUGAUUCCAAAUCAAUACUAUCAGAAAACACUUCCAACUCAUCGGCAUCAGAUUUUUCUGAUGAUUCGUAUUCCAUGACAGAUACACGGCAGCUGCUUUGCUCUGCAGAAAGGCAGAAUCGUGUGAUGAAUGUCUUUUCAAUGUUUGACCACAAAAGCCGCGAGGAACAGGAGAUCAGAAAAUCGGCCUUGAGUUUCAUUGAAGUGACCAUGGAAUCAAAAGCCGACUUUCUCAGCGUUGAUAACGGCGGUAACAGAAAUGGCGAAGAAUCACAUAAGGACGUGGAGACUAAUAUCAUGGGUGAAUUGGUCGGGAAUUCAUUGGUUGAACUGAUUCUAUCCCCCCAAACGGACUGUCCUUGGAAAGCGAUGGCUUCUCUUGCACGGAUAUUGGCCCAAGAUGAUGAUGACGAUGGUGUUGCUAUUUUCAGCAAGGUAGCGGACAGUCUUGGGAGCACUGAAAUCGAUGCUAUGAUACCAGACCUGCAUCCUGAUCUCCGAGCAGGUGAUGUGAUGGAUAGGUUAACAGAGUUUCUUGUCACUGAAACAGGCCAUUGUGGAACAGAGAUUACUGUGGAAGAUGCCAAUCUAAUUGUGAACCUUGUAUUACGAUUGCUACAAUUUCUGGAAGGGGGACACCUCCCUAUAGAGGAACGCUCGAUUCUUCCUGGUUUGGUUGUGGUAGGGCUAGUGGCCUCAGCUGUUGCCGGCCGUGAACAACAGCUUUUAUCCACGAUGCGUGAAGAUUGUUUUGUCAGUGAAUGCUACAAAGUAAUAGCUUAUGAUUGCUGA